GAGAGAGAGAGAGAGAAUGCGCUUAUAAAUGAGAGAAGGGCACCUAUGGAAGGGAAUGCAUUCUGGACAGAGAAGACGGGCUUUCAACUUCACCCUGAGUUCAUUCAGCAAUCAGAUGGGAGCAGGGAGGAACCCUCUCCAGGCUCUCUGAAAGAUUCUUUUCCCUUACAUUUCCACUAGGCUGAGCAGAAGGCAGAGGUGAAGGGGGGGGGGGCUGAGUGGGAGUGGGAUAGGGGGCUUAGAGAAACAAAAGGAAACCAGCUGCAGAACUUCCUGGACAGGGAAAGAAAAGAGUGAGACAGAGAGAGGGAGAGAACGAGCCAGCGAGCACUAACAGCUAACGAGAUUAUCUAAAAAAGCAGGGCGAGAAAGGAACAGAAAAGGGAGGUUUGGCAGCGGGAAUUCUGAGCCUACCCUGGUUCGUUUCCACUCAGCCAUGACCAGUGCGAUCUUGAGACGGAAUUCUAGUAAACAGGGUUUGCAGAAUCUCAUAAGGCUUACAGCACAGUGGAGUGUGGAAGACGAGGAAGAGGCAGCUAGAGAGAGGCGCCGAAGAGAACGUGAGAGGCAACUGAGAUCCCAGGCAGAAGAAGGACUUAAUAACACUGGCACAACUUCAGAAAAUGGAGAGUCAGUACAAGAAAAUCAGUUUGAUGGCAAACCUUCUGGGACUUCAGAAUUAGAAGAGGAUGAAGGCUUUAGUGACUGGUCCCAGAAACUUGAGCAGCGCAAGCAGAGAUGGGCGGCAGAAGGAGCGCAAGAAGGAGAACGAAUAUGCCAGUGGAGAGAAGCCCAUCAGGCAGCCCCUGCUCAGAGGGAAGAAAGGUCCCUGAGGCAUUCCUGUUCAGAAGAAGAGAGCAACCUAAGGGAAGCAGAAGUCAAGCUAGAACAGGUCCAUCUGGAUCAGGAGCCAGAUUCUCCAGCAAUCAUCCGGUUUGGAUGUGGGCCUUCAAGGUUUCUGAAAUUCAUUCCUGCUUCUCCUUCAUUCGAUCAGAGCGAAACAGAAGCAGAACUGGAGGGGCAGCAAAAGGUCAGUGAAGCGGUUGAUGUUAGAGAGGAGAACCAGUAUUCUGGAGUUGGAGAGGAGAACCAGAGUGUCACACAAGAGAAUGAGCAUGAAGAAGAGGAGAAAGAAAAGCUGGAGGAGAAGAAGAGAAGGAGGAAUGAAGAGGAUAAUGUACCUGGAAAGCGCCAGAGAUCUCCAAGCAUUUCCAGCCUGGAGGAAGAGUGUCAGCCUCCUAUGAGUCCUACCAUAAAGAUAACUGAGAGAACUGAAUCACUGAACCGCUCCAUAGAGAGAAGUAAUAGUGUGAAGAAGACACAGAUACCUCUCCCAGUUUCCAAGAUUGAUGACAAACUUGAGCAGUAUACUCAUGCCAUUGAGACUUCUAGCAAGAUUCCAAAACCAGCCCGUCAGCUUUCAAUUGACCUGCCUGCCAACAGUGCAGUAGUGGCCAGCACAAAAAGUCUUUGGGAGACUGGGGAUGUUUCAGUUCACUCCCCUGUGAGGACAACACCCUGUAAGGAUAUUGUGGCUGGAGACAUUGUGAGUAAGAGAAGCAUUUGGGAGCAGAAGGAGACCACAAAUGCAGAUGGCAAUGCUAAGGUAAAACUUCCAGGCAAGAAGUACAAGUAUGUGGCAACUGGACAUGGCCAAUAUAAGAGGGUGCUGAUAGAUGAUGAGGCCGCAGAAAAAUAGCUUGCUUGGGCCACAAAUGUGUGGCUCGGCUUGAUCCUGGUUUGGACACUUGUGGCAAUACUUCUGUGCAACCCUGAACCUUCCUCUCCUGAUAAGGAUCUCAACAAAAGGAUGUCUUCCUGUCUCAAAUAUGCAACCCGCUACAAAACCAGCUGCUAAUUUCUUUACAGAGAGAAGCAUCACUUCAGAGUUCCAAACUGAUUUCUUUUGGACACCCAGCAGCAUCAACACAACCAAUAAGGCCCCUCUCUAAGUCCUUUGACUUCUGUUUUUGAAAAAUCAUUUGUUGUAUGCUCUUCGAUGCCAUUCUAGUUUUCUUAGCUUGGUAAAGUGAAAGGUCUGCCUAUUUUUUUCAUAGUCAAAUUUGCAGGAUUAUUUUGGUAACCCAGGAGGGACAUCUACAUAGUAGUUACUAAUUUGUUAAUUUGGGAACAGGAAACUAAAACAAAUGUUUGACAUGUUAAUUUGACCUUAAAGGUCUCAUCCUAUUCAUGUAUUUGAAUCUACCCACAGUCUUCUCUCUUGGUAUCUUCCUCACGAUAUACUUAUCACACCCUUGUCCCUGUGAUACAUCUCUCAUCUUUUCUGUCAGAUUAACUGUUUCUGCAUGCUUAACUAUUUCAGGAUAUCUCCCCCCCCCCCCACAUACACACAAGUGCCUGUCUGAAUGACAGUGUGGUGCUAACUACAACUGGUUAAUGUAAACAAAUCCUGAAGUUUCCCCCUCCUAUUCAGACAAAUGUUUCACUCUCUAAGGCAAAAGUUUAAGCAGAGUUUCAUUGGAACACUGAAAUUUCCUUUGGCAGUGUUUAUCAGGCUUGACAGUGAUAGUUCCAUGCUUUACAGAAUAAAUACAUCCCAAAUUCCUGCCAGUUAAAACUCUUACUUGCUUGUCCUUCAUACAAAAAAAGCAGGAGGCCACCAUAUCCAGCUUUGAAGCUCUUAAUCAUAGAAAUUUGCUUCCCGAGAGGGUCUCCCCCCCCCCCAUUUUCUUUCACCUGUUAGCUUUUUGUGUGACCUGGAAUUGUUUUGUAAGCAUUUAAUAAAAAUUCUGAGGAAUGUAAA